AUGUCGCUCACAACAAACGUUCAUCUAGAAUCACAAACCAAGACUGGGUCUCAUUCUUGCUCCCCCUGUCCUUCGCCCGAAGGUCACACCCACCAAGCUGACCACUCAGCUGGCAAAAAGUCCAUUCCCAAUACUGGCUGGUGUGAUUCUCCUCCCAUCCCCUCAUGUGAUGGCAGUGAUUCUGAGAAAGAUUGGAUGUUAAAGCUGCCAUACAAUUGGUCACCAGUGUGUGGUCCAGACAGUGAGGAGCUCUUCAAGACAAAAUAUGAGUCGUCCUGCUGGUGCAGUGCAGUGCAUUUUGCAUUUUUGGGCGACCCAUUUGAUGCGAAGCAUUGUCACUGUAGACAAUGCCAAUGGCUGCACAGUGCCCCAUUUCAGUGGGUGGUCAUCUUCCCAAAGACAAGUGUUCGGAUUCUGGAGAAUAACAGCGAUGCUCUUCACUGCUUCUCUACCACAACGAAAAAGGCUAGUCAUCAUGUCCCGUGCAAAGUCUCCUGCGACAUCUGUUGGGUGCCACUUUUUGAUGAGGGGAAGCGCAUGGUGCUUGCAUACCCAAGUCACUAUGGUGGAGUCCCUCUUGAGUUUCAACCCAGUUGCCAUAUUUUCUAUGGCCAGCGCAUCAUGGAAGUGUAUGAUGGAAUCCCAAAGUGGAGAGGCCAUAAGGAUGACAGUGAGCUCAUGCAGGAGAUGAGCAAUGUGUCAGGUGUUAUGCCUAGAUACAAGGGGUAUGAUGAGGGGCUACACCCAUGA